AGUAUCACUUCAUCACUGUGGCGAUUUUCCUUCUGAUUUCUAGGAAAGUUGUGCUAGUUUGUUAUGUUCCUUCGAUGUCGAUGAGGUCGUAUUUUAAGGCUAGUCUAUGAAUGAAUGCGCAUGUUGUUGGAUGACAGAAAUUGUGUUUGUGACUGAAUAAUUUGUGUUGUAUGUGAUUGUAGUAAUGAGGUACUAGAAUGAUCAUGACAUCUUGUACGUAAGUCUAAGUGAGAAGUACAGAAAUCCUGACUAACACUUGUUGAUAAUAUUGAUCAUUGAAGAUUAGCAUUAGGAAUGAAAAUGAGCAUGCUUGAUUCUCCUUCUGUCGCUGGUCGUUUUCCUUCAUUUUCGUAAAGUUGUCGCCUGAAAUCUGGGGAUGAAAUCGGAGGAGCACCUUCCGCCUGAGAAAAAGGAGGAGGAGACUGGGGAUGUCGCUCAAGAAGAAGUACAGCAAGGGAGCAAGGGCACCUCUAGUAAUACACCAGGAGAUCAUGACCGCUUGCUUCCCGAGGAUGAUGAAGCAGCGUCAACUAGGCCGGCGGCAACUCUUAAGGCUGUACCUAAUACAUCUUUGGGCGCAUCCUUGAAACGUAUGGAAGAGUAUCCUCAGGGAAUACUCCCCCAUACUUUUCAAGGAUGCACUUGAAAGAUGAAUUGCGGACAGCUCUAAAACUCUGCGAAGAACUUCGUCCACAACUAUUACGUCGAGGAUUUACAGCGUAGUCGACUUGGGCGGGAGUGAAAUAUGUCAAAGCAAAGGCCUAACAUCUGGAGCGGAACUGCGGAAGGCAGCAGCAAGGGCAAGAAAAGUGCGGCCAGAGCACGUCAGCCUUCUAAUCGAAGGUAGCACUGAUCUUCUGCAAGACAGCGACAAUCUGGAGGAAGUAACCUUGCUGGCCUCGAGCCAGCAGGAUCAUGAGAUCUCUAUCGAAAACACGAUUGAGGUUGCAGGAGGAGAAGAUGCGGACGAGGCACCGAAGUCCCUUGUUCAUCUGAUCGUAGAUAGCGAAAAGGUUCAUUGGAUGAAGAAGUUAUCUCGCGCAUUAUCGAGAGCAAACAAAAAGAAGAAAAAAGCUGCUUUACGAGCCGGGAGACAAGCAGCUGAGCCAGAUUCCGCAGCCGUUGCUUCUACGGCUUCUUCAUAUAGUUCAAGUUGUACCUCUUCGUCAAUUGAUUCGUUGUCCUCGUCUCGAUUGUUUCUCUCCGACUCUAGUUCGAAAACUUCAAGCAGAUGUUGUCCUGACAUCAGCUUCGACACGUUCAAUAGCCUAAAUCAUCUACCUGAUGUCGAUCAAGACGAGUUGCAGGAUGACCAAGCUUUCUACGAGAAUUACAUGAGCGAGGAGCAAAUGCAAAUAAGGUCAUCGGAGAACACAACUGCUGCGUCCUCAAAUCCGCCACCUGUUUUAUCCUAUUGGUCAGCUGUUUUAGAGGAUUUACCACAGCGUUUGCGCAGUGACCGUCCGAUUAUGCACUUGGCCAUUAAAUUGAACAGCUUUCACGGCUUACAAAUCGCUGACCCCUCUCUGCAGGACGAUGCCAAGCUGGUUUUACUGGCAGUGCGCCAGAACCCUGAGGCCCUCUCCUUCGCCUCCACACGCGUCAAAAAAAUGAAAUCCGUAGUCCUCGAAGCUGUACGGAAAAAUGCCUAUGCUCUCCUCUAUUUCGCCGACGAGUCGUUGCUCAACGAUUUCGACCUGAACUUAGCCGCGGUCAAAGCAGAUGGAUUUUAUUUGAGGGAUGUGCCGGAAGAAUGCCAUCAGAACAAGAAUUUUGUCCUAACUGCAGUCCGCCAGAACCCAUUGGCUUUUCGCUUCGUACCCGAUAGCCUGUUGGACGAUCCCGAAGUAAGGCGCGCAGCUUUUGUCCCACCACCGUCUGAAAUGAUGAGCAUGGGGCAACGUCGUUUGGGAGCGAAUCGGCAAGGGCAAGCACCAAGGACUGCGAAGGGCUACGGCAAGACGGGCACUGCUGGCGGAACGACACGAAAUUUUCAUAGUUGCAGUGCGAGUUCGGAACAAUCGAAAGCAGAGCUUAGUGCUCGUGCAGGCCAACCGCAGUCAAGUAGAAGAAGGACAAUUUCUACAGCCACAGAAAGUGUGCGGGCGAAUCCAAAAAGUGCAAGGACAAGUAGCUCACCUUCAUCACGAGCGUCAGCGUCUGGAAAGACUAGGCACUCCGACUACGUUUUUGAACCUCGUGCAAUUGCUCCUGCUAUGACACCAUCGAGCUCAAGCAGUUCUCCAGGCUCAGGUUAUCCGGCAUACACACCCGCACCUAGGCACAGAAAGAUGACGGCGCCGAACACCUCUAGAAGCCAAACAAGUUCAAGCUACAAUAACACAAACGAUGUGUCAACACACACCGCGAAAACCUCAACAGUACGACAGAACUAUCGACACCUAGUACGAAGGGCAUAUACAGGUUAUCACGCGAACGUGAUUUAG